AUGGCCGCAAUUCCCGCCGGAUCUUCCGUCGCCUCUUGCUGCAGCACGAACGAGAAGGAAGCUCAGGCAGGUUCUUCUGGUGUCAAGAACGACCCGAAAGAUGGUCCAGCGGCCGGCGGCGGCGGCGGGAGCAGCAGCGGAUCGGUGGUGUGGGGCCACGUGGAGGAGCUGGCCAAUGAGGUGGCAGAACUAAAGAGACGGCUGCAGGAGGAAGAGGAAGAAGGGCGGCGACUGCGCAACGAAGUGAAGCACCUCCGCAGCAGCAACCACGAUUUGAAAAUCAUCCCGCCGCGCUCUCCCCGUGCGGCCGACCCGGUUACGCCGGCGCUCCUCGCGCAGUCCAUCCGCGCUUCGUUCAUCGAGCCCGCCGCCGACAGUCCGUGCCCAGACGGCGGCAAUGGCUGCGGCGGCGGCGGUGGCGGGGGCGGCGCGAACCUCAGAAGAUCCGUCUCCCUCGGUCGUGCCGAGGGGGUGUCGGCCUACGCCCGUCACAUGGCCGCCGCGUACGUAGCGAACAACGGCGAAGGCGAGGGUACCGGAGCGAAGGCGAGUGGUGGUGGUAACCCGGUGUGGGUGAGUGGCGAGCAGUGGGUGCACACUCUCUCCUCACCGCGUCACAGCAUUAACGCCAGUGAAUUCGGCGUGUUGCAACUAGGAGACGAAGAAGACGGAUUAAGACGCUCCUCGGGCACUCCGCUCUCGCUCCUGCUCUCCCUCUCUCGCCCUCUCUCCGGACCUCUGCCGAACCACCUGCAGUUGGGUCGGGGAUCGUCGGUUGCUCCUCGAAGCGCGAAUGACGGCGCUCCGGGGAAUUCGCCUGUCGGGCCUGGUGUCAGCCCGAAUGCGAAGCUUCGGACUGGCAACAUGAUUGUAACGGGGCUGACUGUAACGGACGCGAACGGCGUCGCGAAAACGAUUAAGAUGGAACAGCUCGUGACUGCCGAACCUACGACGCCGAGCCGGCCUCCGGUCUACCAGGGUCGGCCGAGCCUGGAUAAGAAACGGCCGCCGCCAAUCAAGGGCAUCCCGCUGCCCUGGGAUUCGAUGGACGGCGAGGAGUUGAAGAGCCAGAGCGGGCUGGGGACUUCGGGGACGGCGGAAGGCGGAGGCGGAGCUGAGAUUGCGGGGGAGAAGAGUGUUGGCGGAAGGUCAUGGGGAAGCGGAAGAUCAUGGGGAAGAGUGGGGAGCCUGAGCAGAGGCGGGAGCGUGGGCGGGAGUGGGGCCGUGAGCGGCCGCGAGGGGGAGGAGGUGGAAGGCGGGGUGGAAGAAGAGGAAAGGGAGAGGAACGGGGCUGAGUACGAGGAAGAAAGCAUGGAAGCUAAUGUGUCUGAUGAGGACGAAGGAAGGAGAGAAGAGGAGAAGGACGAGACGAACGAGGGAGGUGAGGAGGGUCGUACGAGCCGCACGUCGGCGCGCAGUGGGGAUGGGGAGAUAGAGCAGCUGAAGGCGCUGGUGGAAGCGAGAGAGGCAGGCGCAAGGAAAGACACCACGACUGCACGUGGAAGUAACAACAGCUCUGGUACUGCGUCUGGUGCUAAGACUAAGACUGCUGUUGCUGCCGCUGCUGCGGCUGGUGGUGCUCUGCCCCGCGCCAGCAGCGCGGGCAGCGGCGGGAAGGCGGCAGGCGCGGCAAGGGGUCGCAGCGCAAGUCCCGUGUUGCGGCGGAGCAGCAGCAGCGGCGCAAUGACCGGUUUUGGCUCUUCCUCCGCCACGAACCGUCUUGCCGCCUCUCCCCGCGCUGCUUCCCCGCGCGCUGCUUCCCCUCGCUCUGCUUCCCCCGGGGGAAACAGCAGCAGAGGUACCUUUCCGCGCACGGGCUCUUUCCGCGCGUCUUCUCCGCGGGUCGCUUCCCCGAGUGGCGGAAGCAGCGGGACGAGGGGACGACUUUCCAGGAGCGUAUCUGAUAGGCACAGGGCUGGUACGGGGGAUAAUAUAUUUGGCGAUGAUAUCGACGAGGAGAUUGAGAUGGAGGGCGUGAAGGGGGGCGGCGGAGGGGGUGCGUUGCGCCGAUCGGCGUCGUUCGGAAGCAGCUGCCGGGCGGCCGCGGGCGGAGGAAGCGGGGAAGAAGGCGGAGAAGAGGGGGCGGAUGUGCGGGGAUCGCGGGAGUCCCUGUGUCGCAGCGCUAGUCUGGGGGGAAGGCGGAACCCCAGCGCAACGCCUCUCGCCGCUGCGUUGGAGUCAUCUCGCGGCCAUGCGGCGGAAGGGGAGGGGAAAGGUGAGGGCCCGUCGCUUCAGCGGCAGAACGUGCUGCGGGGGAAGGGUGCGGAAGUGGUGGAGAGGGAGAGGCGCGGGGAAGAGGUGGAGAGGGAGAGGCGCGGGGAAGAGGUGGAGAGGGAGAGGCGCGGGGAAGGCAUGCUUAUGCCGCACGGGAUGGAACAGCAACUCCAGCAGCAGCAGCAGCAGCAACUCCAGCAGCAGCAGCAGCAGCAGCAGCAGCAGCAGCAGGAAUGGCAGGCGCAGCAGCAGCGUCAAAUUGGGAAUGGGCAAGAGAAAGUUGUGACUGACGCUGGCAUGGUCAGCAACAGCAGCAGCAGGCUUCGCCGCUCCGUGUCUGCUGACGUGAGUGACGCAAUGCUGGUGACUCUAGGCGGCGCCUGUGACUAUAACGGAGGUGAAACGACUGAGAACAGCAGCAGCAGCCACAGGCGCUUCUACAGCCAUGAGCCUUGGGAGAAUCUGAGUGAGGGUGUGGAUGGUGGUGGCGGGGAAAGGGGAAGGGGAAGGGGGGAAUGGAGUCAUGAUGGCUGCGGGGUAGAGAGCAUGCAAGGAGGCGGGCAUCGGAGAGAGGUUUCGUGUGAUAGUAGCGGAGGUGGCGGUAAGAGGAAGGAGGUGAGGGAGGGGAGCGAGGAUGGCAGUGGGAGAGAAAGAGGGGAAGUGUUUGCGCAUGCCAAUAUUGGAAGUGCUGCUAGUGCUGCUAGUGCUGCCAGUGCUGCUGUAGCUUCGGCUUACGGUGGGCAUGGUGGUGGGAUUCUGGGAAAGACAGGAAGACCCAAGGAGGUAGGAGUUUCAGCAUCAGCGUCAGCAUCAGCAGGAGGCUCAGCUGCAGCGGCAGCAGCAGCAGCAGCAGCUGCGGUGGGCGCAGGGAACUCUUCACACUGGUGGAAUGGCCGCAGCAGCCCUCCCCCUCUGCCCAUCCCAUCCUCCUUCGACCCUGCCACCCUCCUCAAACCCACCAGCCCCAUCCUCCGACCCACCAACGGAACCACCUCCCCCAUCGGACCCCACAGCAGAGCACCGUUCUCCACCCCUGUCAGCCCCUUGGCCAGCCCCAGAACCGCCCCGAAAGCCUUCAACAGCCCCCGAAGGACCGGAAGCAGCGGCAGCCCCAGCAGCAACUGCGGAUCCCCAAACACCCCAAACACCCCAGGCACUCCCAACACACCCAACACCUGGCGUGGUGGCAGCAGCGGUGGCAACAACGGUGCACCCCCCUCCUCCUCCUCCCCCAGCAAGAUUGAUCCGAUCAUCCGCUCGGUAGCCUCCAGAGGAGGUUCGGCAGGUGCUGGUGGUGGGCUGCAUGGCAUGAGCAGCAGCAUGGGAGGAGGCAUGGGGAUGGCAGGAAUGGGAAUGGCGGGAUUCAACGCGGUUGGCAGCGGUGGAAUGCAUGGCACCAAUGGCAGCCACGUCAGCCAUGGCAGCACGAACAUGAAUGCAGCGACUGCAGCGGCCAUUGCAGCAGUGGCUGGGAGCAUUGUGAGCGGCACGGGCAGCUCUCAGAGCCGCUCCUGCAGCCGCACGUCCAGCAUGCGAUCCGAGCAAGACGUGAACUUGUCCAAGCUGAGGAACGGGAGCAUUUCCUCCAACGAGUCUUGCCUCUCCAUGUCAACACGCCAGCCGCGGGGGCGACCAAUGAAUGCAGCAGCAGGCAACCAAGUCGGCCCUCCCCUCAGCCAGAGCAUGGGCACCAACGUUUACAACCACCAUCAGCAGCCAAGCACUGGCAACGUCGGCGCAUAUGCACAUCAACCGGCGAACAUGGGCAACAACACGGGCAGUCAUUUCCAGCAGCAGCACCAGGCCAAUCGUAGCCCGUUCUCCACUCCACCCGCAAGCCCUCCUUUGAGCCCGACUCGAGGGUUUGGGAUGAUUGGGUGGACAGCUCAGGAUCUUAAUAAGAUGGGAAGGCAUUAG